AUAGGAUUUGAUCGCAAUAAACGCUACGCUGAGACAAUUCGAGAUAUCCUGCAGAAACAAGGACAUCGUUCUACCACCACCACCAAUACCGCCAUCCCCCUCCCAACCAACUUCGCAAACCACGUAACCCACAUCGUCCACGCCCUCUGGACGCACCUCACCCCCAUCCUCGCCCUAGACCCCACGCAAACCUCCCUCCAAACCCCGCGUCCCGUCCUCGACGCUCUGUUCACGCUCGUCGCCGAAGCCGCCAUGCUAAGCCUGCACAUGCGCCUCGACCCCCACACAGCAUACCACUUCGAGCCCGUGUUCAAAGAAGACCUGUACGACUCCGCACGCAUGGAAUGCUUCAACGACGCCGGCAUGCGGGUGCAGAACCCGCGCACGCCUUCUUCCGGCUCGGAAAAGGAGAACCGGCGCGCGGGAAACGAUGAUCCCCUCACGCAGAUCACGCUCAUGGACGGCGUGACUGCGUAUCGGCGCGGCGGGUGGGAGACACACGAGAGUACCGCCGCGAAGCGCGUGUUCCAAGACGGAUGUGAGGGGAGGGGUGUCCGCGUCCGCGUUUUGACACACGGGUGGGUGUUUUGCAGAUGGGGACGGGCGCGGAAGUUUAAGGAUGGCGCGCCGGAUGAUGAUGCGGCUGUGCAUGGGGAGGGGUUUGAGGGGUUUGUGGAGUUUGCGGAGUUGGAGGGGGUU